AUGCCUCUCUCAGUUCCCAUGACCGCCCUGGCCGGUCGAGCGCCGGCCCUGCUCCGACACGGACGUAGAAUUCCCCAGACGCUCGCGGCGCGCUCCUUCACCUCGGCCGCCGUCAACAGCUCUGCUAGGCACUCAAUUCGCCUCCAGCAGGCCAAGCGAUGGACUCCGACCGUCGCCGCCCGCUGCUUCAGCGCCCGCGCCUCCCAGGAGGCCCCCAAUCCCAAGGCCUACCUUGAGAGCGGUGUAAUCAAGCCGCAGCAGACAGUCGAUGUCAAGAAGGUCCUCGUCAUUGGCAGCGGUGGUCUUGCCAUUGGCCAGGCUGGCGAAUUCGACUACUCUGGUUCACAAGCCCUCAAGGCUCUAAAAGAGGCCGGUGUUGCUUCUGUUCUCAUCAACCCCAACAUUGCCACGAUUCAGACCAACCACUCACUCGCCGACGAGGUUUACUACCUGCCCGUCACUCCCGAAUACGUCUCGUAUGUCAUUGAGCGCGAAAAGCCCGAUGGCAUCUUCCUCUCCUUUGGUGGUCAGACCGCCCUCAACCUCGGUGUCGAGAUGGAGCGCCAGGGCCUCUUUGAAAAGUACGGCGUCAAGGUUCUCGGCACCAGCGUCCACACCCUCGAGCUCUCUGAGGAUCGCGACCUCUUCGCCAAGGCCCUCGAGGAGAUCAACAUUCCCAUUGCCAAGUCCAUUGCCGUCGGCACCAUUGACGAAGCCCUUGAUGCUGCCGACCAGAUUGGCUACCCCAUCAUUGUCCGUGCCGCCUACGCCCUCGGUGGCCUUGGUUCCGGCUUCGCCAACAACAAGGAGGAGCUUCGCAACAUGGCCGCUCGCUCCCUUACCCUGUCGCCGCAGAUCCUCGUCGAAAAGUCGCUCAAGGGCUGGAAGGAGGUCGAGUACGAAGUCGUUCGCGAUGCCAACAACAACUGUAUCACCGUAUGCAACAUGGAAAACUUUGACCCCCUCGGUAUUCACACUGGUGACUCCAUCGUCGUCGCGCCCAGUCAGACGCUGAGCGACGAAGAGUACCACAUGCUCCGCUCCGCUGCCAUCAAGAUUGUUCGCCAUCUCGGUGUCGUCGGCGAGUGCAACGUCCAGUAUGCCCUUCAGCCCGACGGCCUCGAUUACCGUGUCAUCGAGGUCAACGCUCGUCUCUCCCGCUCGUCUGCCCUCGCCUCCAAGGCCACCGGUUACCCGCUCGCCUACACCGCCGCCAAGAUUGGUCUCGGUCACACCCUGCCCGAGCUGCCCAACGCCGUCACCAAGACCACCACAGCCAACUUUGAGCCUUCCCUCGAUUACAUUGUCACCAAGAUCCCCCGCUGGGAUUUGUCCAAGUUCCAGCACGUCAAGCGCGACAUCGGCAGCGCCAUGAAGUCGGUCGGCGAGGUCAUGGCUAUUGGCCGUACCUUUGAAGAAUCCUUCCAAAAGGCUAUCCGCCAGGUCGAUCCCCGCUUCGUCGGCUUCCAGGGCGACAAAUUUGACGACCUUGACUUUGAGCUCCAGAACCCCACCGACCGCCGCUGGCUCGCCGUCGGCCAGGCCAUGCUCCACGAGAACUACUCUGUCGACAAGGUCCACGACCUCACCAAGAUUGACAAGUGGUUCCUCUACAAGCUGCAGAACCUUGUCGACUGCACCCGUGAGCUCGAGGCUGCCGGCAGUCUCGAAGCCCUGCAGAGAGAUCAGGUCCUCAAGGCGAAGAAGAUGGGUUUCUCUGAUCGUCAAAUCGCCAACGCUGUCAAGAGCACCGAGGACGAGGUUCGCAAGUACCGUCUUGCUUUUGACAUUCACCCCUGGGUCAAGAGAAUCGACACCCUCGCCGCCGAAUUCCCUGCCGACACCAACUACCUCUACACCACGUACAAUGGCUCUUCGCACGAUGUCACUUUUGAUGAUAAUGGUACAAUCAUUCUCGGCUCUGGCGUUUACCGUAUCGGCAGCUCUGUCGAGUUCGAUUGGUGCGCUGUCAGCGCCACUCAGACUCUCCGCGAGAUGGGUGAGAAGACUGUCAUGAUUAACUAUAAUCCGGAGACCUACAGCACUGAUUUUGAUACUGCUGAUAAGCUUUAUUUUGAAGAGCUCAGCUAUGAGCGUGUCAUGGACAUCUACGAGCUGGAGGCUGCCAAGGGCGUCGUGGUGUCUGUUGGUGGCCAGCUUCCCCAGAACAUUGCUCUCCGCCUGCAGGAAACCGGUGGGGCCAACGUACUCGGAACCGACCCCCAGGACAUUGACAAGGCCGAGGACCGUCAAAAGUUCUCCAACAUUCUCGACAGCAUCGGCAUCGACCAGCCCGCCUGGAAGGAGCUCACCUCCGUCGAGGCCGCCUCGGCGUUCGCCCAGGAGGUCGGCUACCCCGUCCUCGUCCGUCCCAGCUACGUCCUGUCCGGCGCCGCCAUGACCGUCAUCCGCAGCCAGGAGGACCUCAAGGACAAGCUCGAGGCCGCCAGCAACGUCUCGCCCGACCACCCCGUCGUCAUCAGCAAGUUCAUCGAGGGCGCCCAGGAGAUUGACGUCGACGGCGUCGCCUCCAAGGGCGAGCUCAUCAUCCACGCCGUCUCCGAGCACGUCGAGCAGGCCGGCGUCCACUCCGGCGACGCCACCCUCGUCCUGCCCCCCGCCAACCUCGAAGACAGCAUCAUGCAGCGCGUCAAGGAAAUCGCCCAAAAGGUCGCCAAGGCCUGGAAGAUUACGGGUCCCUUCAACAUGCAGAUCAUCAAGGCCGACAACCCCGACGGCGGCGAGCCCCUCCUUAAGGUCAUUGAAUGCAACCUCCGUGCCUCUCGUUCGUUCCCCUUUGUCUCCAAGGUCCUCGGUAUCAACUUCAUCGAGGUUGCCACCAAGGCCCUCGCUGGCAAGGGCGUGCCCGACCCCACUGACCUCAUGGCCGUCGAGCGCGACUACCUCGCCACCAAGGUGCCGCAGUUCUCCUGGACCCGUCUCGCCGGCGCCGACCCCUUCCUGGGUGUCGAGAUGUCCUCCACUGGCGAGAUUGCCUGCUUCGGCAAGAACCUCGUCGAGGCCUACUGGGCCUCGCUCCAGUCCACCAUGAACUUCCGCAUGCCCGAGCCUGGCGAGGGUCUGCUGUUUGGCGGUGAGGUCAACGAAAAGUGGCUCACCACAGUCGUCGACUACCUCGCGCCCCUCGGCUACAAGCUCUACGCCGCCGGCAACGACGUCAAGGAGCUGCUCGAGCGUGAGUGCAAGGGCAACGUCAGCGUCGAGGUGAUUGAGUUCCCCACCGACGACAAGCGCGCUCUCCGUGAAGUCUUCAAGAAGUACGACAUUCGUGGCGUCUUCAACCUGGCCCUCGCCCGUGGCAAGACGACCCAGGACGUUGACUACGUCAUGCGCCGCAACGCUGUCGACUUUGGCGUCCCUCUGUUUAUGGAGCCCAAGACUGCCAUGCUCUUUGCCCAGUGCAUGAGCGAGAAGCUGCCCCGCCCCGAGGGUAUCCCCUCCGAAGUCCGCCGCUGGUCCGAGUUCAUUGGAGGCAAGCCUCUGUAA